AUGCCCGCCCUCGUGCUCAUCCUCCUCGGCAUCGCCUGUGGCGCCUCCUGGCCCACAGCGGCGAGCGGAAAGGGGGCUCGCCGCGCGGCCUCGUCCGCCACCGUCUGCCUCGCCGCCGCCACGGCGUGCCUCACCGGCGCGGCGACGGCGGCGGCGGGCCUCUCCUCAAUCUCGUGGUUGGUCCACGGGCCAAAGGACGAGUCCAACACCUUCCUUACUAUUCUUACCAUUGUCUGCGGCACCGCCGGGCUGCUAGCGGUAAGCGGCGCGGGACCUCCAGCUUUCUCCCGCUCCAUCGCCGUGAUUAUGGAGGUCGCUUGCGUCGUCGCUCGCAGCCCCCUGAUGACGUUCCUCGCGGUCCUCGCAACGGGCCACUGCGGAGUGGAUGCCAGUAGUCGGAAGCCCAAUGCGAACGACCAGCCCUUGAUCACCGCUGCAUUCGUCUCUUCGACGCCCUCAAACCUGCGCAUCGCCUACUGCCUGGCGCUCGUCGGCACGCCCACCGUGGCGAUGGCCGCACAACACCUCGCCGCCAUUUCUCUCCUGCGCCAAACCGGCACGAAUAAGGACGUGCUCAGCAUGCAAUCGCCCAACAGCAUUCCGAUGCUCGGCGACGCGCUCAGGACUCUCGAAACCAAGGUCGUGUUUGUCCCAAACGUCGAAGGCAAGUGCCAGUCCUCCUCGGCCGAAAAGUCAAGAUUCCGCUUCAGCUUCUCGUUCCACAUCCUUCGAGUCUAUGAGCAGACUCAGUAUGACAAGAUCCUCUACCUUGAUGGCGACCUCGCAGUACGCACGUCCCCAGACCGCUUGGUGGAGGCAUGGGCCCGCCAAGGAACGAUGGAGCUGCGCACGCCUAUUGGGUGCACCCGCGUCACGGGCCGGAAUAGUUACAACACUGGCGUCUGGGGCAUCACGCCCUCACGCGAUUACGCCGCCGGAUUGAAUGCUUGGCUCGCGGCUGGCAAGUUCCCCUGUGGCAUCGGAUUUCAAACUUGGGUGAACAUUUACGGAGCGAACAACUCAUGGACCAAGGCGUCGCUCGCGUGGAACCUCAAGGCCGACCAAGGCGUGAGCAAGUGUAUGCGGAAUUUGGGCCUCAAAGAGGCCCACGUGGUGCACUGGUCCGCUGGUGAGGUGCCGCUGCUGUCGCCAGAGACGCCAACCGAGGAGGCGUUCCCAUCUUCUGCGGCAUCGCUCCCGGCAACCUAUCCGCCCUCCCCCAUGGAGCCCGAGGCGGUGGCCGAGGGCGACAGCGGCAAGGGAGCGACCCUAGGGCGCUGUACCGUUGUGGUGCACUGCUACACCGGCCUCGCCGAUCGCAUCUUCGAUGUCAUUGCGGGCGUGGUCGCGGCACAGCUGGCGCGCGGCUGUGUCGUGCCGACUGUGCACGUCGCCGACCGAGACGCGAGCCGCACGUACGAUUGGGACCGCGUGCUGAGCUCGCCAGAGUUCCUCGUGCGGAAGCAGCGCGACCCGAUGCCGUUGAAGGGCGGACCCACAGCGCAGGCCCUGCACAUCGACGGCACUCGCUUCUGCGGGCAACAUGGCGUGAGGUGGGUGAGCGACGUUCUCCGGAAAGAGAGCGGCCGCGUAGCGUCCGACUCCGAGCAGCGUGCACGGUUCGUGCACGUGGCGCGUAGCGUGGGCCUCACGCCGUGCUUUCCGCCGGCCGAUAUUGCCGACCGCGUCGGCGUGCACGCGCGCCGUGGCGACAAGAUCAAACUUGGCUGGACGAGCGAGAAGAAGCUCGACAAGGUGUACACCGCCGCCAUCGCGUGGCUGCUCGCACACGGCGAGCGAAAGGUCUACCUGGCGGCGGAUGAGCCGAGCUUUGCCGCCAAGCUCGCGGAGCGCAUGCGCGACGCUCACAUCGACGUAGUGCACGACGGGCAGGCCAGCGCCGCCUCCGACCUGUGUGCUCUCGCAAAGAGCAAGCUCGUGGUGAAGGCGGGCUCCGCGUCGCAAUUCUCGUCGCUCGCCGCGGCCAUCUCCGGAGCGCCCAUGGUCAGCUUCGCCGACCGGCGCGGCCGCAACCUCGACCGCGUGUGGAAGAGCGCCGGCCUACUUACCAACAUCACGGAACUCGAUCCCGAGGCCGAGACGGGAGCGCCCGGGGUGUCCUGGAAGAAUUAA